GAUUUACGUUCCCGGGGUCGGGACUGGAGCAGGCGAAGGACGCAGAUUCUCGUCAACUGAAGUUGCCUGCUCACAAGCGAGGCAGUCUGCUCUGACAGACACAUCAUGACGGUGCGGGUGUGAGUGGCCUGCCUGCCUGCCUGUGUGCCUGCGCCUGAGGGGAUGUCUCUGCCUGGCCUCUGGUUCUGAAGAGGAGUCUCUGCCUGUCCCUGAGGAGAAGUCUCUGCCUGGCUCUUGGUUCUGAUCUGUGGGCUCCAGGAAGACAACCUUGACCGGAUAACAACUGGACUCCAUCCAGCUCUGCCAAGCAAAGAGGCCCGACCCCAGGCCAGCCCCAGGCCAACCCCAAGCCAAUCAUGAUGUGGUUCACAGGGUGAGCUCCGUCCGCUUAUCACCCCCAAGAUGAAGCCUCGUGCGCGGGGUCAAGCCGCGAGACGGGGGCCCCCUCCGGAUGGAGGCUACGGCUGGUUCAUCGUCUUCUCCUGCUUCUUGGUGUUCGGCCUGACGUUCGGCGUCAUUAAGUCCUUCGGCGUCUUCUACGUGGAGAUCCAUCACUACUUUGCCACCACGGCAACGGGAAGCUCCUGGAUCACCUCCAUCGCCGUAGCGACCAUUCACAUCGGAGCUCCUGUAGGGGCAGCGUUGGGGGAGCGCUUCAGCCACAGGUCAGUGGUGAUUCUGGGGGGCCUACUCAGCAGCGUGGGAAUGGUGGCUGGAGCCUUCUCACAGAAUCUCGUCCACCUGUACAUCACCGUGGGUUUCAUCACAGGUUUCGGCUACGCUCUGACCUGGACGCCCACGGUCACCAUGCUGGGCUGGUACUUCGACCAGCGGCGUCCGAUGGCCAACGCGCUGGCCAGCACGGGCGAGUGCCUCAUCACCUUCAUCCUGACGCCGCUGUUCCAGCUGCUGGUGGACCACUACUCCUGGCGCGGAGCCAUGUUGGUGCAGGGGGCCAUCCAGCUCAACCUGUGUGUGUGCGGGGCCCUGCUCAGGCCCCUGACGGCCCCCGCGAGGGCCCCUCCACCGCUGAGAGACAGCGAGGCGGAGGAGGCGGAGGAGGAGGUGGAGGAGGAGGAGGAGGAGGAGGUGGAGGCUCCAGCCAGCGCCACUAUGAAGUUGAACAUGGACUCGGACGUUAAGGCGGUGUCAAAAAACGACGCCGACCUCGACGGCGAGUCCGAGUCGUGUUGCGCGGACUCGGACGUGCGGCGCUACGCGGACUACACGCUGGUCGCCGACGUCCACUUCGUGGUGUACUCGCUGUUCGGCGUGUUCGCGGCGCUGGGCUUCUUCGCGCCGGCGCUCUUCCUGGUGCCGUACGCGCGCACCCGCGGCCUGGACGAGUACGAGGCGGCCAUGCUGGUGUCGCUGUCGGCCGUGCUGGACCUCGUCGGGCGCGUCGUCUUCGGCUGGGUGGCCAACCUGCGGCUGGCGAAGACCACCGUGCGCCAGCUGACCGCCUCCGUGCUGGCGCUGGGCACCGUGCUGCUGAUGUGCCCGCUGGCCGCCACCUUCGGGCAGCUGGCGGCCUUCUGCAUGGCGUACGGGCUGACGUACGGCGCCACCGUCUCCACGCACAUCACCGUGCUGGCCGAGGUGGUCGGGGCGGAGAGGCUGGGCAGCGCCAUCGGGUUCUUCAUGCUCAUCCGCAGCAGCGGGGGGCUGCUCGGACCGCCCAUCGCAGGGUUUUUCAUUGACAAGAUGAGCGACUACGGCACUGGCUUCCUCAUGGCAGGCGUGGCCCUUAUAGUCUCCGCCCUCUUCCUGCUUCUGCUGGACCAGAUGAGCAGGAGAGGGCGGGGCCUGAACAGCAAAGGUGACAGCAUGCAUCCAAAGAGCAAGAAAGAAGGGGAGGAGCUGAAUAAAUGGACAAACGUUUGUCAGAAAGAUGGGAAGGGCUUGGAACAAGAUGUCUAGGUGGGAGAGAGAACAAAAAAACUGAGGAUGAAAUGUUCUUACCAGACCCCUAACCAUGAGUUCAGAAGAGGAUCAAAUGAAGUGGCUGAAACAACCGUUGAGUACUUGCCAGCGCUGGGCUAAUGAAGCAGAGAUAUGAUGCCUUUAAGAAAUUAUUUAUCAGCGUUGUCUUGAUCAGUGUUGCCCGUGACAGCACCUUAAAGAAAGUGCCUGGGAAGGGAGUUCUCAGGGCAUACCGAACCAAACCCAUGGGGUUCAAGUGCAAGACAAAAAGAACUGUAAGCCAGCGUGAAAAACAUAUAUAUUUUUCAAUUCUCAGGAUACUAUUUAGAGUAUAAAGUUAACUGUGCACCAAAUGCUGCUGCUGCAAUCACACACACACACACACACACACUAACUUGCACUGAUGAUGCACAACAUUGCAGUCUCCUGUAACUCACUCACAUCACGACAAUCAGCCUCACACCCAAUCUGCUGCAUUUUUUUUGUAUCUGUGAUGUAGUGUUACCUCAGAACAAUUAGAUUGUUCAGGGUUUUUUAUAUCAAAAUCUACUCCUGGAGUUGUGACACCCCCCCCAUUCACAACUGCGCAAUAUUCAAUCCAUUGUCACUGUGAUGCCAUCUCAACGCUGCAAAAGACAGUUUAAGAGGUAACCUAGAAUAGUCGGUCAGUUUUAUGUAAGCAAAUGGCGCCCUCUAAAGGUUUGCCUAAUCUCCUGUGGAAUAUUUGAGCUGAGUCCAGUUACAGUAAGAACCUGAAUCUUUUUUGCUCUAAAGGUUCUUCAUGUUUACUCAGAGAGUGACACUGUUUUGUCGCUGCUGUUGUUCUUGCCUUAAAUAUCUCUGCUUUUAAUGUUCUUUAAAUGUUUUAUGUGAACCAAAUCAGUUCCAUGGGGUAAUUUGGAAUGUACUGCUCUGUUCGUUUAAUGCUAUCAUUUGUUAUUAAGUUAAUAAUAAUCAUUUUAAAAUAAAAAUGACUCCCUUAGA